AAGUCCUUGUCUGAUUUCUUUCAUUCUUCGUUUCCUAUCUCUAUGUGAGUAAACUUCAGUCAAAAGGAAAAAAAAAAGGUCACGUUGGACCUGUCAAAGCCAAUCAUUUCAAAUUCUCAUACACUCAUUGCUUUGCUUGGAUCCAAAACCUCGAGGCCCGUGUCGCAUAUUCUAAAGCUUAAUGUGCUUCUGUCUGAAAAAGCUUAUGGUUUUGCCUUAUAUUACUAGUUUAAACAGCCAUCAGACUAAAAAUCCAAGAGACACCCCACUUAAUGUUUCUUCCAACUUUUGAUCUUGUCUUCCGUCUAACAUAUAUAAAUAACCUUGAAUGUCUCAGUCCCAUUGAUUAACUCUCAUUCCAAUUGUUUUCAAAUCAUUCUGUCUCACUUUAUCCUUCACUCCUCUCCUGUCUUCCCUCUCCAAAUCAUCAUUCUGUAGCAUCAUCUCUUCUCGGCUGUUUCUAUGGAGGUUGUUGAGUUAAAGGUGGAGAUGGUUUGCAUACAUGAGAAAAGACUAAGGAAAUGUCUCUCAAAAUUGAAAGGGAUAGAGAAAGUGGAGGUAGACACUAACUGCCAAAAAGUAGUAGUCACUGGAUACACACACAAGAACAAAAUUCUAAAGGCAAUUAGGAGAGGGGGUCUCAAGGCUGAUUUCUGGUCUGCUCAAAAUGAGUUACUCAAUGCUUAUGUCAGUGCCAAUUACACCAACAUGAGAUUCAACCCCUUCAGCUUCUUCUAGUUUUUAUCAUCCCCAAUUACACCAGAUUUCAUAUAUUCUUUUCUUUUGAGGGUUUCUUUUUGGACUUGAGUACCUUCUGUCCAGUGUGAGAUGGUAGAUACAUACACAAGUUUGUAUUCAUUUUGCUUCUCAUUUCCAUAGAAAUCAUGACCAAUCACAAUGUCCAAGGAAUAUAGGGUGUAGUAGAGACAUAUCCAACUAAUUUUGAGGCUUUUGAUGUUUUUACCAAUUUCA